CGCCCCCUGGUAAAGUCAUUAUCACUCUGUGAGACUGUGGCGAAAAGUGCAGUUUUGUCCCUGGUGCAGAAACAGAAAUGGUUAAUACUGUCGCACUGGUGCUGCUGGGCAGGAGAGGCUCGGGGAAGAGCUGCUGUGGAAACACCAUACUGGGCAGAAAAGGGUUCCAGUCCAUCCUCAGCACCAAACCAGUGACCACAAAGUGUGAAAAACAGACAGAGUCCAUUCAGGGGAGACAGAUCACUGUCAUCGACACACCAGAUUUCUUCGAUGACUCUCUCCCUCAUCGUAAGCACCAUAUUGACACCUGUAGGUCCUUGGUAUCAGAAGGUCCCUGUGUUUAUCUUCUGGUGUUACAGCUGGGUCGCUUCACAGAGGGAGAGAAGAAUUUAGUGGAGCAGACUGAACGCGUGUUUGGCCGAGCCGUCACACGGCGCAUGAUAAUUCUGUUCAGUUAUGGUGAUGAUCUGGAGGGCAUCACCAUUCAGGACUUCCUGAAGAAUGCUCAGACAGAACUCAAAGCCGUAGUGGAGAAAUGUGGGAAGAGGUGCCAUGUCUUCAACAACAGGGACACCAGCAAUCGCAGGCAGGUGACAGAGCUUCUGAACAUGGUUGAUGUUAUGCUGGACAGAGGUAAAGGGGGCCCAGUUACCCAGACACCACAGCUAAGUGUAAAGAACACCAGGUAUGUGGAGAAGCAGGAGGCGCAGGAUAGGAACAACGACUCAGCCGUUUGGAGAAUGGAGAUAGAAGGGAAUGAUUCUACGUAUCGUGUCAAAAGGAAGGCGGGAAUGAGAGAAGGUGAUGAUGGCAGCCUUCAAAAGCGGGAUACUAUUGCUGUCACACUGGUGCUGCUGGGCAGGAGAGGCUCGGGGAAGAGCUGCUGUGGAAACACCAUACUGGGCAGAAAAGGGUUCCAGUCCGUCCUCAGCACCAAACCAGUGACCACAGAGUGUAAAAAACAGACUGAGUCUAUUCAGGGGAGACAGAUCACUGUCAUCGACACACCAGAUUUCUUCGAUGAUCCUCUCCCUCAUCGUAAGCACCAUAUUGACACCUGUAGGUCCUUGGUAGCAGAAGGUCCCUGUGUUUAUCUUCUGGUGUUACAGUUGGGUCGCUUCACAGAGGGAGAGAAGAAGAUAGUGGAGCAGACUGAAGGCGUGUUUGGCCGAGCCGUCACACGCCGCAUGAUAAUUCUGUUCAGUUAUGGUGACGAUCUGGAGGGCAUCACCAUUCAGGACUUCCUGAUGAAUGCUCAGACAGAACUCAAAGCCCUGGUGAAGAAAUGUGGGAACAGGUGCCAUGUCUUCAAUAACAGGGACACCAGCAAUCGCAGGCAGGUGACAGAGCUUCUGAACAUGGUGAAUGGUAUGCUGGACCGAGGUGACAAAAAGAAUGCUGGAAUGACAAAAGCUGACAAUGAAACAGGUAUGCCAAGACGAGAAUACAAUACAGGGGUACGGGAACGAGACCUGGAAGCACAGGUGAGCCACACUGGUGCAACAAAAUCUCAACAUGACUGGAGAGACAGAACUAAAGCAAAAAGCACCUCAGUGACAAGAGGCAAAUACAGAGAUGAGGACAAAGAACGUACAACUAUGUGCGAAUGUGUUUUGUUGUAAAUAAAAUAGUUAAAUUUGAUAAAUUAGAUUCAACACUGGUUUUCAGAAAAAUGUGACCCUUUUGUCACACUGAAAGGAUAUGUACAGAUAGACACAGUGUCUGGCAGGCUACAUGCCAUGUGUUAAGCCAUGUGUUAAGCACAUGCCAGGUGUUAAGUGGCUAAAGAUGCCAAAAGAAUGAUUCAAAAUAAAAUGUAAAUACUUAAUUACACUAUUAACUGUCAUGUGUUUUAAAAAACUGGCUAUUAUUAAUAUUAUUGCACUAAGAUGAAAGUGAGUCACCUGAGUUAAGACUCAAGUGGCGUUAAUGACAGGUCAAGUUCUGUCUUUAAACUGAGUUACUGUACUUGUAAGUGGUUAGUUAAUACCAUGCAAAUGAGCUUAAUAGAAUCAAUUGCAAUGUCAUGUUUUUUUUUUCAUUUUUGAAUUUGAAAUGAA